GGCAGCGGGCAGGUAAAGCCGAGUGAAUUCCGACAAACUGGCAGAGUGAGGUAGCGAAGGGGAGCGAUCGCCAGAUCUGGAAGCCAAAAAAUAAAAUAAAAAGAACAGUGCGGAUUGCUGCCUUUUUCACCGCUUGGGGUCAAACUUGUGACGUCCCGCCGGUUUUGUUUUGUCAUGAGGGCGCCGGCGGGCGCUCCGAUUUUGGAUUGAGCGACCGCGCCGCUGCGAUGCCCGCUGGAGUUGCGUUCAUGGCCCUCCUGAUGCUGUUGGAAUCCGCGGUGUCGCGGCAGCCUGCCGCCCCCCCGCCUUUGGCGCCGCCCACCAACCUGACGGUGACGUGCGACGACGGCGCGGCCGCGGCCAGCUGGCAGUACCAAGAGGACGCCGACGUGCACUUCCUGGUCUACGUGGGCGACUCGGGGCGCCGCCGCCCCCUGCGGGACGAGACCCGGCGCCGCCACUCCGGGAACCUGAGCGCCUGGGUGUGGGAGUCGCUGGAGAGCGUCAUGGACGUGCACUGGGUCAGCGUGGCGGCCGCGGCGGGCGCCAAUCGCUCGUCCGACAACGCCUCCGUCACCUUCACGUACAACAGCGUCAAGAUGGCCGACGUCAUGUGCAAGUUGGACUUUCCUCACGUGGAUGUGAAGGCAAGCGACGCAGACGACGGGAGCGCCGCCGUCAUCUUCCGCAACCCGCUGCGCCACCACCCGCGACUUAGCCGCGCCACGCGGCGGGCCGCCGUCUCUCUUCAGUUCAUCGUUAACUCCGACGCCGGGGAGGCGCGGGCUUCCUGCGCCAAGGAGCAGAACGUGUGCCGGACGGACGUGUCCUUCCCGCCGGGUUCGGCCGAGUGCGUCACGCUGACGGGCCUGGUGCGCGACUCGGUGGGCCGCUCGCUGGCCUUGAGGCCGUCGCCGCUCGUUUGCGCGCCGCCGCGGUCCCAGCGCGGGCCGUCGCUGGCGCUGCCGCUGGGCGUCUCGGCGGCGCUGCUGCUGCUGCUGGUCUGCGCGGUCGCGGCGGCGCGGAAGGUGGCCCGGGCCGUGAAGCCCGGCAAGGCCGCCCCGCCCGAAUGGUUGUUCGUUCCCCCGGCCGGCCCCAAAGCUCGGGUGGGCUCCUGCUGCGCGGCGGACAGCGGGGCCCCCGGCCUCAAGCCGCGGGUGCCGCUCAUCUUCCCGGGAGACGACGACUCUUCGGGCGUUUGCACGGAAGUGGAAAGUCUUCCCGUCGUGCUGGAGGAAGCGGAAGGCGAGCAGGAACCCGAAGAGCCCGAAGAGCCCGAAGAGGAGGAGGAGGAGGCGGGCUGGGACUCCAAUUACGACCGCGUCCACGUGACUGUGGGGGUGCAGAUGGGCAAUGGAGACGAGGCUUGGGGCUACAAGGAAAGGUAGCAAAAAAGGAGGGGCAACUUUUUCAUGCCUUUUCCUCUGCGCAUGAUGAUUUUUUUUUUCCUUCUUUUUCUGCCAACCGCCGUUCAGAAAAGUGCCUCAUUUGCGAUGCACAUAAACGCAGCCGCCAGCAAGAUGAAAUCAUUUCUUGGAACUUUUAACAAGCUUUGCAUUUGGGUGAAUAAAGUUGACUUUGACGCGA